AUUUAAAUAUGCGCAGGUUACCUCACCUAGCCCUGAAACCAACGAGUGAGCGACGUCUAACGUUGUUUGAAUCACCUGCUUUCGCGAGAGGUUAAUUCAUGUGGUAAUGAUGGAGCAGCUGGUCUCGCAGUAAUUGUUCUCGACGAAUAAAAAACAGUGAGAUUAUUACCUGCGUCAACUCGGUUUAACGGAGUACAUUGGUGGGAUUAAGAGCUUUCAAUGGAGCCCAGACCUGUAGUAAAGGAGAAGUUUUUCAUCGUGAUACGCGGGAAGUCGAGGAAAGGCUUCUGCCGCGGGUGCAUCGGCCGUGUGGAGGCGGAGACGCAGCGCGGGGAGCUGAUGGGGCUUCUGUACUGCGGAGGCAGCAACGCGGGGAGUCCCAAGAGUGGAGGCAUCGUGAAGAGGGAGGACACAUACCCUCUGACCCGCCACCAGGCCCAGCUCCUGCUCUUCGUCUCCGCCGCAAGCAAACGCCUGGAGCUGCUGUGUAACCCCCAGCUGUUCUCUGCCAUCUGCGAGCUGACUCAGGAUGACCUGGUGGUUGUGAAGCAUAAGAAGGGACAUAUGCCCGCGGUGGUGAAGAACCUCAUGCAAAUUGGGAAAAAGGAGAAUAAAGAUGACCUGCUCAUGCUUGGCUUUGAGGUGGAAUUUGUGGACAAUGAAAACAAAACGUCAUCCAGGAAACCUGCUCCUCUGCCCAUGUUCAGUGCUGCAGACAUCAUCCAGGUGGUCCCAUCUUACUCCACUCCCCUCGGACUGCAUUGGAAAGACGGCCAAUAUGGGAAUCUGGACAGGAAUGGAGUGACGCGUAUCAACUCCAUGCCAAAUAUGGGAUCUCAUGCAAGACAAGUGAGGGAGAAACAUAUGGAGCAGAGUGUCGUUCAAAGUUUAAGCACAUCUCAUGUUCCUUUGGAGGUGGGGUCCAUGGUGGAGGUGAUGUCCAACACAGGGGUUACUGUGUACGGGGUGGUCCGGUGGUUAGGGGUCCUUGGAGGGAAGACUGAUGAAUGGGCUGGGAUUGAAUUGGACUAUGAGGUGAACGGCUGCUCUGAUGGGAAGUACGGAAGCCAGAGGUAUUUCACCUGCAAGGGGAACAGGGCGUUGUUUGUUCCCGUCACAAAGUGCAGCCCUGAUGGCAGGUUCAGCUCCUCUCCAGGAUGGGAGACCCCCAAACCCACCGAAAUACCUCCAGUUCCUCCAUUCGAGGACUCUGAGGAGGAUGCACCACCUAUCCUUGAAUCAGAGGCCUUGUCUUUGUUAGUAGGAAGAAUGAAAGGGAUUCAGGGUCACAUCAACUCCUGUUACCUUGAUGCCACACUCUUCAGUUUGUUCAGCUCAGCUGUGACCCUGGACAAUAUCUGUCAGAAGCCUGGUGACACAGAGCAACCCAUGACCUGCACUCUUAGAAAAAUAGUCAACCGUUUACGCAGACAAGGCUUUGUGCCUGCUGAGAGUGUGAUGAAUUUCCGUAAACAGCUUGGCUGCGACACCUUCCGUACAGAGGAAAAAGACCCAGAGGAGUUCAUCAUAGUCCUCUUUCAGAAAGUCCUUUGCAUGGAGCCACUGCUGAAGCUCAGAUCAAGAGGAGAAACAUCUCAGGGUGCCUACACUUUCCAGAUCUUCCUGGAAAAGGAGCAGAUGGGACAGAUGCCCACUGUCCAACAGCUGUUGGACACAUCCUGCUUGUCAGGUGACCUCAAGUUUGAAGAGAUGCCGUCCUGUUUAAUGAUUCACAUGCCAAGGUUUGGAAACAAGUACAAGAUGUUUUCUCACAUCAUUCCAUCCACUGAGCUGGACAUCACAGAUCUCCUAUACAACUCUCCGAGGGAAUGUUUCAUCUGUGGGCAUUUGGCAGAGUACGAGUGUCUUCAGUGUCUACCAGAUCGCAAAAUGCAGCCAGGGAGAAUCAAACAGUAUUGCACUACAUGCAACACACAGGUGCACGCUCAUCACUCACGGCAGGGUCACUCCCCCAAAGCUCUAGCAGCACCAGCAGAUGUGGCCUCUGAUUCUCCUGUAUCCAGACAAACGAUGCAGCUGUUUGCUGUGCUCUGCAUUCACACCAGCCACUAUGUGUCUUUUGUCAAAUACGGCCCAGAUCCUCACUCCUGGCUCUUCUUUGACAGCAUGGCAGACAGAUGUGGUGAUGAUCAGCAUGGCUACAACAUUCCUGAGGUUCGAGUCUGUCCAGAGCUGGGUGACUUUCUGUCCCAGCCAGAGGAGGAGCUGGCUCAUGUGAACCCCUCCCAGGCUCCUGAACUCCUUCACAGGCUGCUGUGUGACUCCUACAUGUUUUUAUACCAGAACCCAGUCAAGCCACUUUCAAAACCAAACCAUCAGGAGUCUUAAACAUUUGAGGGCGAGGACACAAUGUUCCCAUAACAGUGCCUUAAUAACCUUGCAUGCAAGAUUUUGUGCCUCGGUAUCACAUCCAAACAGCAGGAACUGAAAUGGAUGCUUUUAAGCUCAUCAGGGAACAACAAUACUGUUGUUCAGACUUUGAAUGAUCUGAGUCAAAGUUGAUGUAUAAGGACAGAAGAAUGAACUAAAACUUGACAAAACCUUCUUUAUCUCUUGAAUGUUUGGCUGUUGUUACACUAUCACAUUAUUUAUUCAAACAUUAAAGGACUUUGUGGCAUGUCAGUGAUUUUCAUGACUUGAACUUUAAUUUUCUACAGAAUAAGAGGCAAUAAAAUAAACAUAAAUCC